AAUAGCUACCAUUUGACUAGUAUUUUUCACUUACGGACUUACGUCACGAACUGUUAAUUAUUAUUAUUAAUCUAAACAUGGCGGAUGUUUUAGAUAUUGAAAAUUCUGAAGAAUUUGAAGUUGAUGAAGAUGGAGAUCAAGCGAUUGCCAGAUUAAAGGAAAAGGCAAGAAAUCGUCGUAAAGGUCGUGGAUUCGAUGGUGACAGUACAGAUCGUGAAGUAAUCCAAUACGAAUCAGUACGAAAUGACCAUGGAGGUGAUGAUCAAGAUCAAGCUCCACAACGUUCUAUUGAAGGUUGGAUUGUAUUUGUGACUGGUGUACAUGAGGAAGCAUCUGAAGAAGAUAUUCAUGAACGUUUUUCUGAUUGUGGUGUUAUAAAAAACAUACAUUUAAAUUUGGAUCGACGUACUGGUUUUCUGAAAGGUUAUGCUUUAGUGGAGUAUGAAACAUAUGAAGAAGCAUUGGCUGCACGUGAAGAAUUGAACGGACAAGAGAUUUUGGGACAACAGAUUACUGUAGAUUGGUGUUUCGUUAAAGGACCUAAAAAGUCAUAUAGGAAAAAAAGGCGAUAAUCUAUUUAUUUAUAUGUAUUCAGGGUGUAUAUGUGUUAUCAACCCAUUUUUUAUUUUAAGUAAUUAAACUUUGAUUUAAGUCGACUCAUUUU